AUGGCGAAAAUCGAGCGGCUGGGCUCCAUGCCUUAUGCUAAGUUCGGGAGCUCUGACAUGAUGGUGUCCCGUGUGUGUGCGGGCACCAUGAUGUGGGGUACCUUCAACAAGGAUGAAAAGAUGGCACACAAUCAGCUGGAUACUCUUCUUCGGCUGGGGGUGAACUUUAUAGACACUGCUGAAAUGUAUCCAACGCCUUGUGAGGGAGGGAAGGUUACAGAGCAGUGGAUUGGAAACUGGCUGCAGAAAGCGCUGGCGGAUGGGAAGGUGCAGCGGGAGAAGUUCUAUAUUGCCACAAAAGCGAAUCCGUCUAAUUUGGGCGCUCCUGACCUGCCAGGACGUACGAAGCCACACGGCUUAGAUGCCGAAUCGCUGAUGGCAUCCUGCAAGGCGUCCAUUGAGAGGCUGAAGUGCAAGUACAUUGAUAUGUACUACCUGCACUGGCCAACGCGCAACGUGCCCAUUUUCGGCUGUGCAGCGUUUUAUCCGGACAAGCAGCGGCCGAUGCCAUCUUUCGACAAAGGUGAGCCCAAGGACUUUGAGGCGCAGGUGCUGGCGGUCAAGGUGCUCUUGGACGCAGGACUGAUCAAGCACUGGGCGCUGUCCAACGAGAAUAACUAUGGAGUGACGAUGUUUUGCAUCACCUGUGACCGACUUGGGGUUCCGCGCCCUAUUUGCGUGCAGAAUGACUACUCGCUCAACAAUCGGACCUUCGAUUCGGACUGCUACGAGGCCUGCCACCGCUUCGGCCUGGUGAGUUGCCACUAUGGGCUCUUGUGCGGGGGCGUGCUCUCAGGGAAGUACCUCCGGGAUUCGCCCUAUGCCAAGAAGGACGGCCGGGACUUGGCGGAGUGCCGGCACCGCGCGCGGCCCGGCUUUCAGCCGCGCUACGCCUUCCCCGCCAGCCUCAAGGCUACGGAACGCUACGCGGCCCUGGCUGAGGAGUGUGGCUUGUCGCCGACGGAGUUGGCAUUGGCCUGGGCCAACCAGCAGCCGCAUGUUGGCGCCGUGAUCAUCGGGUCAACCAACGUGCGGCAGGUGGAGGAAUGCGUGGGUGCAAUCCAGAUCAAGGCAUUGCCCACUGAACUCCUGGAUGCUAUCAACGCAGUGCACGAGGCUCCGGCCUUCUGGCCGUGGCUUUGCGACUUGACCGGAGAGUGGCUCCAGACCUGCUCUGCCCGUCAUGCAGCCAUUGAGACCAUGUUCCCUGAGAACGUCCGCGCCCGCAUGAAUGCUCUCGGCGCUCCCUUCCUCUACGCCUCGUUGAAACAACACGCUCACCGCUUCGGCGAGUUCGUGGAGGCGUUUCUUUCCGGUGCCCGACCAGUGGCCCUGGUUGCCCUGUCGGGGUGUGUGGCCCUUCGUCGGCUCGUCUCGCUCUGUACUCCUGCUCAACAGCUGGCGCGGCAAACGAAGACCAGCAGCCUUUACGCCCCACCGGACCACUGGUGGAACGCGGACCGGGUCGAUGAAGACGCGCAGGGCCGUCGAGGAUUUGCGAACGCGCAGCACAUGGACAAGGAGAGCCUCAAGAGCUUAAAGCCAGGCGAGAUGCCGAGCAUGGGCAGUGGUACAGUGCCCAUGCAACCCACGAGCGGCACCGAGCGGCGAGCCCCUCGUGUUGCAAACCGAGCUCCUGCAUCGCCACGACAACAGGUGCAGCUGAAUGACAUCGGCGCCAUGCCUGGCAACACUCGUGUGGACCACGCUUGGAAACCAUCCCAGGAGGCGCAUUUGCGCGCCAAGGUGGAGGCACCGGAGGCACAGGCACGGCCUGCACAGCCGAGCAACCAGGGUGCCUUUGUGGGCUGGAAGUCGAACUGA